AUCAGAGUUUAAACCGAGACCUGCUCUCCGCUCUUUCUGUUUUGGCGGAAAAGUGUCUGUCAGUGCUGUGCGGAGCACGAGGCGUCUGCAGAUAACCAAUCAGAACGCGCUGAAUCCGCCCACUCUGAGCAUGAGCCAAUCAGAAUCAGCGUGGAGGUCGACCAGAACCUGACUCGACCAAUCAGAUUCUACCUCCUCGCUUUUAAAGGCAGGAGUUGGAGCUGCUCAGCUGUUCUUGAGCUGCAGAUGAAACAGGACUCAGAUCAUUAUUAGAUCAUCUUCAGAUCAUCUUCAGACAGAUUCAGAACCCUGAACUGGAUCAGACCCGAGACAGUGUUAACACACAUAUCAGCAUCUUCAUCCACAGCACAAGCAUGGAGUUGUCUCUGGCUCAUCCUGCAGUUAAAGCCUUCAUGUGCGGUUCUCUGAGCGGAACCUGCUCCACUUUACUCUUCCAGCCUCUGGACCUGGUCAAGACCCGCCUGCAGACCCUGCAGAACAGUGUGCAGCCUGGUUCAGGAAGGGUUGGGAUGGUGACGGUUAUCCUCAGUGUGGUGAAGACAGAGAAGCUGCUUGGACUGUGGAAGGGGGUUUCACCGUCGUUUGUGCGCUGUAUCCCAGGAGUAGGGAUCUACUUCAGCACCUACUUCAGCCUGAAGCAGCACUUCUUCAGCGACAGGUCUCCAGCCCCCGUGGAGGCCGUGCUGCUUGGGGCCGGGUCCCGGAGCGUGGCAGGCGUGUGUAUGCUGCCAGUCACUGUCAUCAAAACACGCUUCGAGAGUGGUCGCUAUAACUACGGCAGUGUGAUGGAGGCUCUGCGGAGUGUGUGUCGGACCGAGGGGGCGAGGGGGCUGUUCUCUGGCCUGACCGCGACCCUGCUCCGGGACGCACCCUUCUCCGGCAUCUACGUCAUGUUCUACAGCCAGGCCAAGAGCACGCUGCCGAACGAGAUAAGCCAGUCAGGCUAUGCCCCCUUGGCGAACUUCAGCUGUGGAGUUGUGUCUGGUGUUCUGGCCUCUCUGGUCACUCAGCCUGCAGACGUAGUUAAAACUCAGGUCCAGGUGAACCCCCAUCUCUUCAGGAGGACCUGGGAUGCAGUCCACUACAUCUACAUGGAGCACGGAGCGGUGGGGUUUUUCCGUGGCGCUGUGCCGCGCUCACUGCGGAGAACGAUGAUGGCGGCGAUGGCCUGGACCAUUUACGAGCAGCUCAUGGCUCAGCUGGGCCUCAAAUCAUGAUCCAGAUGACGGGACUGAGAAAUGGAAAGAAUUCUUGGAUGAAAGGGAAGAAAAAAAGAAGACAGCAGAGAAAGAGUGGAGCAAAGGAUGGGCUGGGAAAGUAUUAGGAAGGUAGUGAAUGGAGAGACUUUGCUACAGGGACAUUGAGCCUGCUGUAUCAGAGAAAAUGGAGUCAGAAAGAGAGCUGUUUCCUUUUAGAGAGGUGUGUUCACACUGGAGGAAAAGAACCAGAUCAAUGGACUGGUUGUUUACGCACAGCAUAUUCCAGUAGUAGAGCUGGACACAGAAUCAAAUGCUGAUUCCCACUCAGAAAUGGGUGUGUAUAAAUCAAUUUGAGGACACUGCACUGUUUACAAAUGAUUCAGUAUAUAUUUCAAAAAGUGAAAUAUAUAUAUAUACAAGAAAUACAAGCAUUUUUCAAGCAUUUUGUACCUCAGGUCAAUGCAUAAGAAGAGUCGGGACCAUGUAUGUAGCAUAGAAAGUGAUCAUCCCUAAAAAAGUGUGCAAUUGAUUGAGUUUAAGAACACAUUAACUACCUACAUUCACACAGCAGGUAAAUGUGGCCCAAAUCCCAUUUUUGACUUUUUGACCUUUUUUUUUACCCAUAUCUUACACUGGGCUGAAUAUUCUGCACUGUCUAACUGAUGCUCAUUCUCUAAACAUAAUUACUUCACAGAGCUCUGAAUGAGUUCAGGCUGCAGUGGCUUAUCACUGAGAAAUCACUCAAGCCUCACUGAAAACAUAGCAGGUUAUUUAGCUGUUUCUAAAAACUUAAUUUAGUCCUGUGACUGCUUUCAGUGCUUUCAUUCUGAACUCUGAGCCAUUUGAUUAAUAUUAAAACAGAGACAUCAGUCUAUUAAAGUUCUAUUACCUCAUUAUCCCACUACUGAACUCUCUCUUACUUCUGCAGUCCAUUUUCAAUUCUAAUCGCUGUCUUUUUCCUUCUCAUAGACAAAACAAAUUAGAUCUUGCUGUUCAGACAGAGUCAUAUUGCUGCAAAUUGGAUUGCAUCGGAUUUCAGUACCACAUAUUAAUUAAAAAUGUCUAAAUAAAUGUGGUUUUGCCGUUCACACUGCCAUACAAACGUCACAUCAGUGUCCUAUAUGACAUUAAAGAUGAGAUUCACAUCAGGUCCACAUUUAUCUGCUGUGUAAAGGUAGCCUUGGAUUGUUCUCUUUAGUUUCAGACCAUUUUAUUUGAGUCGUAAGGAUGUCUGUGGCACAGAAACUGAUCAUACUUGUGUUAAAUGGAUGAUAUGUGUAUUCUCACUAUUCUCAUUAUGUGUGUCACUUGCUACAUAUCUUGUUCAACUAAAAAAAACUUUAUGAAGAACCUUUAUGACUUUCUGCUGCAUGACGUUCUUUGCACGUAAACUGUGGACGUUUCAGGAAAAUGUGUGUUUCUAACACCCGAUUCUUUUGGACUGUGCAUUAUUAAUAGCACCUUCUCACAAUGUUCUAACUUUUGUAUUUUUUGGCUGUGUACAUAAUAAUAUUAAUGUUUUAAUACUUGUGAUUGACUGUAAAAUCCUUAAAAGAAAAAUCUUUUUGCAAAAAAUAAAAUUAAUAUAUGUAACAGA